CGCCUGUGCAAAUUUUUCCAUAAGAAAAAUAUGUUGACUGAUGUUGACCUUGGAUAAAUAAUGCACAUUUGAUGUGUUUUGCACCUAUACGCAAACUUAUCCAGACAGAUCUUUAUCUAUCCUAUCUUAUCAGAUAUAGAGAGAGAGACUUCUUUUCGUCUUGCUUGUCUAUUCUAGUCGUAGUUGCUAGGUGACGACUAAUUUAUUUAUAUUUAUUUAGGGAACAAAAUGACGCCUGACUUGUGGUUGAACACUCUGAGGAAUGCUGAGAAAACUGUAUUUAUGCAGAAUGGAGGGAGAAAAGCUCACUUUUUGCUAGAAGAUGGGAGAGAAAUGGUAGAAGAAUACAAUGCAGAGACAAAUGUGGUAAUACGCAGGACAUGGAAGACGAAAAAUAGUUUUGACACAUUCACUGGUUGGGAGGUAGAAGUUGGAACCUCUGUACCUAAACAGAAUAAUCUCGAGACAACUGGGAUACAAGAAAGUUCUACUAGUCCAUUCAUUACAAGAAGAAUAACAAAAAGGAGCCUUGAAUGGCGGAUUAGGAAUUUGCCAUAUCCCAAAAAUGUAUAUUCCGUUACUGUAGAGCAUGAUGAUACUAUAACUGUACGUACAAGCAACAAAAAAUACUACAAAAAGAUAAGAAUUCCAGAUCUUGAGCGGAUCGGACUAAAGCCAGAAGGAAAAAAUGUAUCGUUUAUGCAUCAAUACAAUACUUUAAUUAUAACGUAUAAGAAGCCGCUUGAACUGGUCGACACGGAAAACAAAAUAUUAAACAUGGUAUUGCAACAGAAAGCAAUUGAAACAGAUUUGUUUAAAUAAGUAAUAAGUAAUGUAACUGUUUAUAUGCCUAAUUAAAUUAAAUAUUAAAUACUUAUGUUUAAAUAAGGAAUAUUAUUUUUAAAUAAUUCUUAUAUUUUAUUGUCUUUCCAAAACUUAGCGCUCCGUGUAGCUUGUAUCUGAAGGUAAUUAAAUACGUUAUAUUUACUACU